GGACGCUCCGAUCUCACUGGGAAUUCAGAGGGAACAAGGACGCUGCCAGAGCUAGUAGUACUAAGCUAAGCUCCGGGAGAGAAAGAGAUGGAGUGUUCGAGUAUGGCCGUUGCUUCUUGCUUUCGUCUGCUUACGACCAUUCUUCUUCUUGCAAUGGCUGGUCGCUGCUCCUCGCAGCAAAUGGAUCAUAUCCAACUCAGCAGAAUUGCAGACUCGAUUGACGACCUCACUCAGGUGGUGCAAGCACAAACGGUUGCCAUAGAGAGAUUCACCUCAGGAAUCAUGAAAAUGUUCACCUUAAUGGCCACAGAUCAUCUUCUCUGUGAGAGGGGUUGGUUUAAGCUGAGAUCCUCCUGUUACUUCAUUAGUGAAGACACCAGCACUUGGGAAGAGAGCCGUCAAAAGUGCAUAGCCUUGAAUUCUGACUUGGUCAAAAUCACUUAUAACACCGAUUACAACUUCCUCGGCAAUCUUGCAAAAGGUCACCACACCUACAUAGGGCUGAGUGACCUGCAAGAAGAAGGGACCUACAGAUGGGUUGCAGAUGGCACUAUUCACCAAAUUGUUAAAUCAUGGUGGAGUGAAGGUGAGCCCAACAAUGCCAACUCAGGAGAGCACUGUGUCCAUUACCGAUCAACUAAUGAUGGUCUCAAUGAUGUUUCCUGUGACCAGAAGUUCAGGUACAUCUGCGAGAAACCUGCCCGGAACCUUGCUUCUGUGCCAGAUGAAAAAACACCCGCAGAAAAGUGAAAUGGAAAAUGGAUUAGGCCUAAGAGUAGAUUUCUUGCCAAGUGUCUACAUAAAGUGAAAUUGCCUGUUUGUGUACUUGCCUUUCUUAAGCUGUAUCUUGUUGGACAACUCCAUAGUUCAUGUUGACAUUUCUUUAAUUAGCAGUAAUAUAACAGCAACAUUCAAGUUUACAUACAAACUGAUACGCUUGAGCUAUUUUAGAAAGGGGACUUUUUGGCUACAAGACACCCCCCACAGUAAUUAUUAUGUUGAACAUAGCUAUAAAGUUAACUGAAGUGCUUUGUGAACUAUGCUUGUUUCAGAGUAGUUUUUCUGUGAUGUCUUACUUUCUCCCAGGUGAGAAACCACCUCCAUUACCCAGCAAAGUGGGUUUUUAAUUUCAGUGAAAUAUGGUUGAUCUAAUAUGACAGGCAGUUGAAUCUCUCAUAAGACGAUAUUUUUCUAUAGUACUCAAAUUCCUUGUAUUACACUACAAAUAAUGGAAGUGCUGUGUUGACAUAAACUGUUCUCUAGAACAAGGCAUAUAAGUCUUUAAACACUAAUUUUGUCUCUGUAUCAUGAAUGAAACGAUACGUACAAGAACUGUACUUAGGUUUUAAUUCUCUUUCAGUUUGCCAGAGGAUGUCUCCUUCAGUCAGACGAGCAAACUUCUUCCUGUAUCUCACAGGCAGUCAGUAAACCAAUUUUGGGUUCAUUUCUUCCUUGGAACAUUUUUAAGUUAUCUUUGUAGGAAGUGUAUAUGCUGUAAUGCAAAAGUUACCUUAGCAAAUUCUACAAAAAGAACAUUCUUGCUGGAUUCCCUACAAGAAACAAACAAGCAAUACUUCAGUGAGAGAAAACCCACAGAAAAUUUGUUUGAAAAAAAUCAGCUAUGCAUUAAAAUAUACUGCAUUCUCAAAUGCAGUCCCUCUUUAUCUCAUUGCUUUCCAAAACACUUCUGUAUUUUCAUCAGCAUUACUUUAAGCACAAGGUCAGACAUGCAAAUUAUAUUCAGUAUUGUAUUUCAAUAUUCUACGUCCCAUCCUGCAUUUAUAUUAAAUCUAUCUAGCAAAACUAAUACUGUAUCCUCAAAGACAAGAACUUCGCUCAGUCCACAAUACUGUAUCUUAAAAGACAAGGAUUACGAUAGGUCCGUUUAUUUGACUGAGUUAUUAAGGUUUGACAUGUGUUUCUAGACUAAAAUUUACUGUAGAUUUCAAAAAUGAAAUCAACUUCUUAUUUGCACCAGCCUGACCGUUUUUAUAUUACCCAUUUUCAGAGUUGAUAUUUGGCGAUGUUGCUAUAUCCAUCUGCUAUGUAUUUGACUGAUUAUGAAGAUGGUGGGUAACAUAUGGAAUAGUAAGAGGUACUAUUAAGUAAUUCUAAUGAAAAAUAAAGGCUUCAUUGCAAAUAAAUGAACAACAUUAUCAAA